AUGUCUGCCUCGCAACAGUACUGCCUUCGAUGGAACAAUCAUCGCUCGAAUUUGCUGAACGUCUUCGAGGAGUUGCUGCACAACGCGGCGUUCACCGACGUCACCCUCGCCGUGGACGACGGCAGGACGGUCAAGUGUCAUAAGAUCGUGCUGGCCGCGUGCUCGACCUACUUCCAGACCCUGUUCCAUCAAUUACCGGGCUACAAUCACCAUCCGAUAAUCGUCCUCAAAGACGUCGGGUUUCCGGAGAUAAAGGCGAUCCUGGAGUACAUGUAUCGCGGCGAAGUGAACGUGGCGCACGAACAGUUGUCCGAUCUGCUGAAGAUCGCGCAGGUGCUGAAGGUGAAGGGCCUGGUUGAGGAACGCGGUAGCAACACGCCGCACGAUCUUCGCCCUGAGGAAACGUCGGUAUCGCCGCCACUCAGCCACUCGUCACCGCCGUCUUACUACUCCCUUUACGGGAACUCGGCGGCCUCGCACGAUCGCGGUUCAAGUCACCUGGCGAGCUCGUUAUCCAGCACGUGGCCGUUGCCGUUGCAUUCCACGGGCCAUCAGCUACCGACGUCGCUUUCCUCCGUUCUCGGCGGCGGCAGCGGCAGCGGGUCUUACGACAACGGUAUCGAAACCUCGCCGUUCAAACGCCGGAAGCUGCUGCAGCCGCCGUCGGGCCUGCUGAUAAAUAACGACACGCCGAUAUUGCGCACGGUGCUUGGCCAGGCCCACGUUGAUAGUUCGCAGGCUAUGCCGCUGCUGCAGCCGGAUAGCCACGAGCCGGUCAACUACCGCAACGCGAACAGCAACGGAUCCACGAACGACAGCGAUAACCGUCGUAAUAACGAGUUGGCUCACGGUGAAACGACGACGGUCCACGCCGACGUCUCCUACGCGGACGAAGACGAGAGACAGCCAUCCCCGCAGUCUUACGGAGACACUGCUAGAAAUUCAGCUGCCGCGGACUGCGUUCAGCCGAAACCCGAGUGGAAACGCUACAAGCAAUACACUCGAGACGACAUCAGCGCGGCGAUCGAGGCAGUGAGGAAAGGUAUGAGCGCCGUUCAAGCAGCGCGAAAAUACGGCGUGCCGUCGCGCACGCUUUACGACAAAGUGAAAAAGCUGGGCAUCCCCACGUCGCGGCCGUUCAAGCGUUCAGCGAGCAACGGAGGAAGCGGGGCUUGUUUCCCGUACGGUAUCGGCGCUAACGUGAACGGCGCUCUUUACGACAACAGCGCGAGCAGUGCCAAUGCCCUUUCCGAGAACGAGACCGAGAGUAGCAGCAACGCGAACGUCACCGAGGGCUUGGCCGGCACGAGUGCCGCGGUAUUCGAGGCUACGUAUUCGAAAACGAAGGAUUCGUCGCGGGACUCGAUGUCGGACUCGAUGGCCCGUUGCAGCUCGAGCCCGGUGAUACGUUGCGCCAAGCAGAGACAGCAGCCGCAGCAGGACCUGGACGAUCAGGUAGAGGACCUGUCGGUGAGUCGCAAAUCCGACGUUCCAGUGAUAGUGCCGCCGUCCACUACAUCGGUCGCGAUUAAAGACGAGACGCAGGAAGCGGGACUGGACGGUAACGACUGUUGCGAUUACAGCUAACUUCUACAGCACAUUGAUGGAAGUAAUGAGAUACGAAUAGUUCAAUUUGCAGCGAGGCCGAAAUUCAAUUUGUUUUGCUUUAGAUAUUCUGUCUUUUGUCUUUUGCAAUCUUUUUUUUUUUUU